AAGCAGGCAUACAGCACUUCUUACUCGAUCCUUGUUCUGCAGGUGGGUGCUUCGAAGAAGGACCUACAACCUGUGCUGGACCUGUCCAAUCGCAUAUUUGAUACCGCCCCGUUGCCACCGAGUCCUCACUCGUCUCUAGAUGAAUGGCACGGACGGCUAUCCUUACGGUUUAUUGCACCAUCAUCCGAGUCCACGCAUGAUCCCAAACUAGCUGGUCGUUCAUCCGCUAUUGAAGGAUCCAAACACCAUUCGUCUUUGUCUACCGAUCGCGACACCGAUAUCCAAGAUCCAAUUGGUUUCGUCUUCGCUAGUCCCAAGACUUAUCCAUCUCUACCGCAUCCAACACUGCAUGUCUGGCUUGCCGGUAUCGCCGAGCGGGCGCGAGGCACAGGAGUGUUUGCAGCACUGAUGGCCGAAGUAGAGACGCAUGCGCGAAACACCAACGGCGGCGUAGGUGUUGAUGUCAAGGCUGGCCAGGGGCACGUGCAGGCCUUGAGCAUAUGUACUUUCCCGGCAAGGUUUAGUAGGAUGUUUUCCAUCUUGCAGAGGGAGGGGUGGCAGGUUAAGGAGUGGAUGGAUGAUGGGCAGAAGGUGCUUUUGGUGAAGGAGUUGUCUAAU